AUGUUCUGUAAACCAUUUUCCGGUGAUCCCACGGCUGGUGGCACCUUUUCACUGUCGUUCUCUCCAUAUGCCGCGGAGUCCUCCUCAGAUACUAUAUCUGCUCUUCUUCCGCAGGGAACAUCUUUUAUUGGGAGUGGUGCCUUUGGGACUGUGCGUGUUGGUUGGUUGCAGGAGCGAAAACGUCAACGUCCAUGCAGUGAUGAACACACAAGUGAAGAAAUUAUAAUUCUUGGAACCUGUGCGGCCGUGGCGGUGAAGCGAGUGGUUGUUCCAGAUGCAUGGAAUCCAAGAAGUCUUCACAGGAGUAUCAGUCAUCGUCAGGAAUUAUUACUUCGUGAAUUACAAGUAAUGGAGUGUAUCCGGACACAUCCUCAUCCUAAUAUAGUGCAGUGUUGGGGUUUUCUCUUUGGGGAGAAGAAAGAGAAGAAGAAGUUUACGGAGCAGCAAUCUCUCACAGGUGAAACAAUAACGGAUGUUGAGAAGGAAUAUACAUCAGGUAUGAUUCUUACAACUCUGGAAAAGGAGCGGAAACGUCUGGAGAGUAGUGGUAAAAAGGAGACAAGUAAUGAGAAUAUGGUGGAAGUUAAUAAUGAUAUGGUGGAUAUUCAUAUUCUUAACUCUGCCUUAUAUGUGGAUUUAUGUCUCUCGCUCUGCAGCAGUGGUUCCUUGGUAGAUUAUAUUCACCGAAAGGUUAAUGAAGCUAUUCGUGUAUCUACACAAUUGGAUCCCAGUGAACCAAGUACGCAAUUUGUUGACAGCGAUACAGCUGUAACUGACAAGAUAAGCACUAUGCAUGGACUGACAGGAAGUACAAGUGAAGGUGAUACUGUAAAAGGAUCAGGAAACCCUUCAUCCUCUUCUGUUGAUGUUGGUCAUUCCAGUAAAAGUAACACAAAUACAUUACCACAGUUAUUUCAAAACGUUGAAAAUGCUGAGAUGCAAUCUGAAACGAGACCUACUACAACUACAGAAACUAUCUCGGCUGAGCUUGUGGUUCGAGAACGGGAUAUUGUGGCUAUUACCUAUGCUCUUACGAAUGCACUUCGACACACACAUGAGACAUUGCGGACAUUACACCGUGAUGUUAAACCCGCAAAUGUUUUAAUUUGCAGUGGAGUUGGAAAGACUCCAGUAUACACAUUACAACCCCUUUCACGGGUAACACAGACAUCCUUGGUGGGUUCUAAACCUCUCACAGAUACCGCAUCUGCACCCAAGCAAGAAAAACCAGCAGUAAGUGGUCCUAUGCUUCAUACAGAGGAGGAUUCUGUAGAAUUUGCUCUCUUCUCAAACUGUCCAGAAUCUGUGAAGCAUAAGAAUAACAACAACACAUCCACACAAGAAGGAGCUAACACUGAGAAUAUCUCUACAACAGCAGGAGAGGAUAUUCCAGAGACUCCAGCAACAUUGGUAGUACCUUUAGAGGCAGGAGGACAACGUCUUCAGUGUACGGGAUAUUCCUCACGUGGAAUGAUGAUUGAAUACAUGCCGCAGGCUGAGGCGUGGCGAAUACAAUUGGCAGACUUUGGUGUUGCUACGGGUGUUGGUAAACUCACGGGUGAAACUCGAUGUGGGACUUUCCCAUUUAUGGCUCCUGAAGUUGCGGGUGAUGGUUGUAGUGGUGUGAACGGAUACAGCACCGCGGCGGAUGUCUACAGUUUGGGUGUUACCCUUCAACAUAUCGUGGUGCAUCUCGUUCUUGAGAAUGGGGAUGUGCGUCGGGUGUCACAGAGACGUAUGCAGGCGUUAGGGGCAUUAUGGAUUGAUGAAGAUGAUAAGGAAAAUAAUAUAAAAACAGAAACAGAUACAGAUAUAGACAGAAGAGAAUCUCGCUCACACUUUGUGGUACCAAAUGCAUGGCGUUGUGCACGAGAAUUGGACAAUGAGCUAUUUAUCCGCACUCCACCCCUUGUGGAUCAAACUGUUCGUAUGGACAAUCAUGAUAAGAAUGAUCAUCGAAAUACAUUUGCUAUUCCACGCUCCUGGCGUUGUUGUGAUGAAUUGCUGGAACAACGGUAUGUACGCCACAAAUCCACAUCCGAUGUAUCUGAUAAUAAUACUGCUGUACAUCAUGAUUACCUUCUUGCCUCAUUACCGCAGGACUCCAACGAUGGUGAGGCGAAUGAACAGAAAGAACGUCGUAAAUCACGAUGUAAAUCAUGUGGAAAACUUCAUCGAAAUUUUAUUGAAUUAUUAAAUGCCAUGACAGCCACACAGCCAUCCCAGCGUCCUCCCUUAUCUACAGUAUUGCAGAGUGCAGCUAUUAUAGAUCAGGGGAGUUUCGUGCGGAACACCACACGAGGUCGAGCUGGCAAAUGUGAUUCGACUGUUGUUACUGCAGAUUCUACGGGGAGUGGAAUAAACGCCAAUCGCUUCCUUCGUGCUCGUCAACGUGCACAAGAAAAGGAAAGGGAACGAAAUCGUAUUACUGCUUCCAUGGCAACAUUUCAUUUUGAUAUGACUAACCCAAAUUCCCAACAACAACGGCAAGGAAAAGAAGAAGAAGAACAACAACAACAACAAGAGAGUAAAGAUGCUGAGGGUGAUGCAGCAUCAACAGUGUUGCUCUGGCGUCCACCAUCUCUCCGCUUCCUUCGGGCCUCACGCGAACGAUUAGAGAAUCGCAGUGAUUAA